AUGCCUCAGCUACCUAACAGCUCAACGGAGGAUCUUGGAGCCGACGAUGAAGUUAAAGAAUACAAACAAGAGGAUGGAGAGGAGACAGAGAACGGUGCCCAUUUGGACCUCGUGAACGAUAUCAAGUCAGACUUGAUCAAAAAAGAGACCGAAAAUUCAGAGGUGAGUUGGCUUUUGUUAUUUUUAACCACAUGCCAAGCCGGGUUCAGCCGAGGUGAACUGUUUCUCCAAAGUUGGUGUUAGUUCAAUUUACGCUUCGCGCCACGGACGUACUGCAAGCAAGUUUUGGUCGGUUUGAGGCGGCGAGCUUCAAAGUCUCGUACUACAGAAUCAUAUUGUUUGGAAAAUAGUAAAUAAACUCUUAUUUUUCUUACCGAAAGGAAUAUGCCGACAUAAUUCUUUAACCUGUUUUCGGCUAAAAGCUGCAAGUUUAUAGCACUUAAUGCGGAAUCGUUCCCAUUUCGUUACUCUGUUUCUCUCUAGAAUAUGUUAUUUGUUCCGAUUUUAAAAUUUCUCGCUUCGCGGUAUAAAUAAUCAAAGGAUGCCGCCAGUUAACCCCAAGUGGCAUUGAAAAAAUAUACAUUGUCUAUGUUUUUAAGAAUUUUCAGGCCAUAAAUAUGUUUUAAUGCACACAUUUUCAAGGAAACGCGGAAAAUAGUCCCGAAGAAAUCAUGCUUCCAACAUAUGAACAGUGUUGGACCUUUGCGAUGGUUUUUCCCUCGGCUGUGCGCUUCUUUGCGCCCUGGCGGUUUACCGGAGGGAUUGAUAGCAACUGAAUGCUUUUUAACACUUGUAAUUAUAUGAUGGCAUCGUGUUUCACAGCCAGAAAUAACAGUUCGAGUCAAAGGUUUUGCAUUGCAAACUUGCAAAGUGAAUACAGGGUUUAAAGAAGGAUCGAAUUCUACUCUGCCUUGAUGCUCUCUGGUCGUUCUUUCUAACUUUAUACUAUUACUUAGAAACUUUCUGAUUCAUUGUCCACCCAAAAUAAAUAGCUAACGUCCACAGUUUUUUGGAGAGCUCUAAUGUGCGCGGUGAAUUGCACUCGCGAAAUCAAAUAGCAAUCCUUUUGAUUGUAAAAUUUCCCUUCAUAGUCUUGUGGUCAUUUUGAGGGGAAAGGUCCCUCGUUUGUACUCAAAUAUACGAAUAACACGUAUAUGUUUUUUGUCGUUGAAAAAAUUUGGCCACUCUUGACUUAAUAGUGUCUGUGUGGAGCUACGUAAAUGCUAAAUCAGCGAGUUGACGUGACUUAUGCAAUCAGGGCCAAAUGCUCACCGCGCGCUAACGGAAUUUUCGCUCCAUUUUUGAUUUCCCGGAAAACUUUGUAGUAUAAAUGUGAAGGUAAAACGAGUCAAAGAAAGAUCUUGCUUUCCAUUUCCGGUUUUUAAAUUUUGAGAUAAACUUUGUUUUUUUUUAUGACUGCGGGAUAAAAAUGCAGUUUGAUAGAAAAUAUACUGCCGUUUUCUCGCGCUGUGCACAAAAAAAAUCAUUCUUUCUCACUAAAAAGCAGUGAAAAUUAUUAGAGCUAAAAAUUAACAAAUUUGCGCUAACAUCCUUCAUCUUAAAAGCCAGCUUGUCUAAAGUGUGUUAAGAGGUUAAUUGGGAAAUCAACAGGACGUAUAACAAACCAGACGAAAUAAUUCAGCGUGUAGCUUCGCGUUUACGCAUUUUGGAACGGAGACAAAUUCAAGAACGUUUGAUCUGCUGCAAAAAAGUUAUUUUUAGGCUUUGGGAAAUAGUCCAUAUGCCUCUACAAGUGAGCUUAUCAUCUGAAGUCCUUAAGCCUAAAUGGCAGCUUUCUUUAAUUCUUGCUGUAUUGAAAUGAAUAAAUUCGCUUUUACAUCCAUUAAUUUCAGUCCAUUUUCACAAGUAAAUUACAUUUUACAAGAGCAGAUGUAUAACAUAAAAUUACAUGUAAGGUCUUGCAGUCUAAUACACGUACAAAAAAUAAAAUGUAGCAGAUCCAACGACUCUCCUUAGCAAAUAGUACACUACUGAUCUGUUCUUUUUGACAUCCUCAUUCCUAGAGUAGUAGUAUUUUGUUUGCCCUUCGUUUCUUGAAUUUUUGCAACCUGCCCCAUUUGAUUCUGUGGAUCAUAAGGAAAGUACAACUCUUCCUUAAGUUUACAUGACUUUCAUUUUCGUUAAUUUUGCUGUUGUUCAGUUUAGCUCAGUCUGUAAGUGCAAUGUCACUAAAAAGGAAGUUCAUUAGUAUUUCCAAAGUGCUUAAAAUGUAAUUCAAUAUAUUUUGCUCAUAAUAAAACUACAUGCAAACAUUUCUAACCGACCUUGUAAUUUUUAGAGUGCAUUAAAUGCAUUAGCCAAACAUAUAUUACCCUAGAAGCUUUUAAAAACUGCAGUUUCAUUCAAAAAAUGAGCCUAAUAAUUUGCCCUAUCAGCUGGACAAUGUCUGGCAGAAAAGGAAGAGAAGAUUUUGUUCAUGUGCUUCAGAAAAGUUGAAGUGGUAGCUCUUAUACUCUUGUAAGUGGCAGUGAUUGAAAUUAAAGGAACAAUUUAUCAAAUUAUAUAGUUAAAAACAAGGAUGUGCCUUGUGAGCACUAAACAAUAGUUUUUACUUGAACUUUAAUGGACACACCAAAAACUCUUCAUUUAUAGUGAAACUGAAAGGGUAAAUAUUUAUGUUAUGUCCAGAGUUGAAUUCUGUGUGCGUUUGAAAGUAAGUUAGCAGACAGAGUUGCAUUCUAAAUUAAAACCAGAUUUGUUUGCCAUGUCAGUGCCUGAGGGAUCUCAAUAUGGCACGACUUUCUAGUCUUCUCAGAUAUGGACAAGGUGCUGUGUCAACAGUACCUGUCAGAUCUAUCUCUUGUGGGAUUUGAAAGAAACACCAAAGGCAUAACAAUCUCUGGCAUUGACACCCCCCCCCACGGGAAGUUUUUGUUGGGGUUUUAGGAGUGGGUGGGGAGGGUACUUCACAUAGAGCUAAUGAGUCCUGUUUCUGCACAGUCAUUAUUCCAUCCCAGGAAGCUAAAAUGUCCACAGAUUUGAAUGGUUUACUCUUUUAAGUUUAAUUAACAUUUUUACUGUCAUCUCUUACACAGGAUUCAAAACCCUCUGAUGCCAGCUCAGCACCAAUUGCUCAAUUAAUAUCAUUUCAAGAUCGAUAUAAUGAGCAUUUAAAUUCAGGUCAUCAUUCUGGUUACCCGCGAGGGGGCUCCCAUCACACUCCUCAUGAUGAUAUCAAGCAUGGUUUACAUCGAGGCCAUGAUCCUAGACCUGCAGGAAUAUUCCAUCCAGCUCAUCAUCAUCCUUACACUACCACUCCCCAGUAUCAGUAUGCUAUGUACCCCGGAGUUAAGCCAGACAGAAGAUAUCACUAUGAUCCUCCACUAUGGUGAGUUAGAUGUACAGUUUACUGAACUUCCUGUAAGGAAAUGCCCCUGACGCCAGAAAAAUUGUCCACUUGUGAAAGGUGUUUGCAUCGUUAGGGAGGCCCUUUUAGAGGUGUUACUACAGUCAUCUCACGUAUUGAGGAGAAAGACAUGUAGCUGUCGGUAUUUUACUAUUGUAUUUUCGCUGUCAUGGUUUUAACGCAUCUUUGUGUCAUUUGUUGCCAUUUCUGCUGUCCUAUGUUCCCAUGUUGCUUGUUAGAAUUUACCCUAACAAGGUCUCAUUAGGGAGGUUAGAAAUUCUGUCAUGCCAUGGGGAUCAUGAUUACAGGAAGUUCUGCUAGAGGAAGUUUGACUGUAUCAGAUCUCAGCUAUGUUGUGAUGACUUUUUAGGCUACAUGCAAACAGACACAACAACUCCCAGCAUUGUUGGCCCAACAAUAUUGGGAGUUGUUGUGUCCAUUUGCACAUGGCUAAAGGUUUUACCGCUUUCAAACUUUACGUAACAACUCCCAACAAACGGAUGCAACAUGUAACAUUCAACAAUGUUAGGAGUUCUUAGCCAACUAUGUGGCAUCCUUUUGCGCGGGGCUUUAGCUCCACAAAUUAAACUCGACUUUGUUUACUCUUGAGCGAUAAAAUGUCAUACAGAAUUAGUUUGCAAAGAGGUCACUACAUGAUUUGUCAUAUGUCAGAGACGUUUGCCUGAUUCUGUUUGAGAGAGGUUGCUAAAAUGUCCCCUUUUUUUUCAAUAUAUUUAUAUUGCAUGUCACCUUGUUUUGCGUAACUCGUUGGCUAGACACUACAAAUAUAGUUGCCAAAUUCCACUACUGGAAAUAUAAGUGACUUCCAACCCUGUGUGGGCAUGUCACAUGAUGUAGAACUAAGGACCAACAAUUUUCUUGAUAUACUGUAUAUAUUUGGUUAAACGCCGUCCUCGUCAAAUGCUGCAGAUGGAAGCAAAAUUACCAAUAAACGCCUCCCUCACGUAAAUGCCCCACCUAAUCAGAAUAAUACGGUGUUUACUCCCAGAUAAUAAGAAAAACCUCAGUACAGCUUAGUAAUUUACAUCAUCCAAACAUUCAGACAAUUCUAUAUCAGCAAAUAAGAGAGACAUUGGAACCAUUAAAUUACAUAAUAUUUAGAAACGUUUUUGCAAUAACUGUUGUCAGUGUAUAAAAAAAGUGAUUUCGAAAUAAAUGCCACCAUCGAAUAAAUGCUGCCCUUGAAUUAAUGCCACAUUGCAAACGCUAAAAAUUUAAUAAACGUCAAAUAGAUAAUAAUUAUGGUAAUUAUGUUGUAGUCAUGGCAUUACUUUUGGACUUCCUCUGUUUUGUAUUUAUAUAGAACUCAGAUUGUGGAUAUGAGUGAGUAUAUCUGUCACUUGUCUUGUUCAGUAGACCACUGUACCAAGACAAAAAUUAGGUUAACCUCAGCUUUGUACUCCAGCAGUAUAGAGUGGCACCUGAUACCUCACUUGCUCUCUUGGGUGACUGGGAAAAAUUCAGUUUCAUAGAAAUCCAAAUUGCUGGGUACCCUGGAUUUCACAGGCUCAGAGCACCAUGCUCCCUUUAAUUUUUCUUAGAGCACAGCCUUGAAUCUAUGAGGAUGUAAGCCCUGAUUGUUAGUCCAGCUUAGGCAUCAACUAAACUUAGAUUGCGCCAACGGACAACCCCAGUAUAACUCACUAAAUCUAAAAGGUUUAGGAAGACUCUCCUCUAAAAGAAAUUGAAGAGAAUGCACUGAGCCUGUGAAAUCCAGGGUGCCCUGUAUAUGAUUUUCUGGUCGCCCAGGAGCAAAAGUUUGGCGCCAAGGGCUACCAUGGGCUGCUAGAGCACAGCCUUGGGUACUAAUAGAGCUACAGGUUUUAUCCAGUCCCAAUUUUGUUGACCCGUCGCUGGACCGACGGGUCAACAAACACGUAACCUCCCAGUCAGCAGCAUAACACUCUGCCAUUUGAACUAACCAGGUGCUUUUUUUUUUCGGUUUUUAGGCAACCUCAUUCGUCAAUAAUAGGUCAAUCCUCAUCUCAGUAUCCUCCUAACUAUCCAAAUCAGGUAGGACCCACAUCAGCUGGCAUGCCUGGAAGACUUAGUCAUCAUCCAACCAUAACAGCAGACCCCCGUGGGGCUGUUUGUUGUCCUCCUCCACCACCCAAUCAAUCAGUUAUCAGCCGCACCCCUCCAACAUGUGGAGCAGGAAGGUACAGCCUUUAUUUUUCAAUGUUACAGUUUGUUAGUACAAAUAAAGGAAUGUAAUGACAUAUAUUGGAGGUCAACAGUACUUGUUGUCUUAUAAGGUUGUACAGUGUACAUUUGCAUUUUGCUCAGGCAUUGGCAUGGAAGGCCCCACAGGCUACUAUUCUAUAAGCAAGUGUUCAGUGAAAGGAAGACUUAUGGAAUUGAACUGUAUGGAACAUUUUCCAUUUCUUGCAAUUGUUGCUCAUGGUUGUGUUUGGAAACAUGACAUGGAAAUGUUCUUCUGAAUUGUUGGAAAGCAGGAUGCUCAAAUACACUUGCCUUGUGAAUGUCUCUUGUGUUUGUGUGUGCACAGGUGUCCCUCGUAUGAACCAGCCAAAAGCAUUUCUUGUCUGUUCUAUAACUUCCUUCUUAAAUCACCCAUAACAUUAAGUGAGCUCUGUUGUAACUGACAUUACAGGUUGCAGCACUAAAUGACAACCCAGAAAAGUGGAGCUAAGUUGCAGUAAUGCACUUCUUGUUGACCAGCUGCCUUGCUUACGUAGAAGACAUGAAGUGGUUCCAAGGGACUUUCACUGUAGCCCGCCAGCCCCUAGAUAGAUCCCCCCCCCCAUAUUCCCCCACAAGGUUGGCAAAUCCUCAUAACCCAAGCUUGAGCCCCCAGAUCAGAGAUGUCACUAAAAGGCGGCUGCUAGCAAAUUUCACCGGCUGAAAAUCAGCUUACCACUGGUUCAAAUUGCUCUGGAAAACAAAGACAAGGGGUAAUUUUGAAGAUUCAGUUGAGUAAAAAAGCCGUCUUGACUAGUAAAAUAGCCUGCUUAUCUUUUCCUUAUUUACAUCCCUGAGCACACAUUCAAUGGGCAACUGUCACAUUUUUUGAUUGAAUCAGCUGUGAAAGGAAAAGUAAAGGGUGGGGUGAGAAGUUUUUCAUAUUUAAGUUUGUACUUGUGUGCUUGACUUGCUGCAGGGUGUCAGAAAGUCAUUUUUAAAGCUUGCCAUUUGGGCAAGCUGAAGCUAGCAUACUAGCCCAAAUGUCAUUUCAACUAACUAAAACACUUUGAUGAGCAGAAUUGAUUUCACAGUUCUUCUGUAAUUUGAAUUCAGCGAAAAACUUCGCUUGCCCGUCAGGCAAGUUAAGAACAGAAUUCACUAGCCCAAUAGCAAAAUCCAUUAGCCCCGGGCUAUCGAACAUGACUUUCUUUGCACGCUGUUAUAACAGCUGCAAGAUUAGCAAACCUGUCAAGUCAGCACAGCUGUUAUAACCUUGUUAAAUUUUCAUUCAACUAAAUUUUAAACUUUUGAUAUGUUUUUUUUAGCUUAUUAUCAUCGCAAAGCAUCCCUACAAUGCCUGAUCAUACAAGAAUGGAUCCUGCAGUAAGUGGAUUUGAUGGACAUAACAAAGGUCACAUCAAGAAACCCCUUAAUGCAUUCAUGUUGUAUAUGAAGGACAUGCGAUCUAAAGUUGUUUCAGAGUGUACUUUGAAAGAAAGUGCGGCGAUCAACCAGAUUCUUGGAAAGAGGGUAAUGUCAAAUUACAGAUUACUGUAGGAUCAUGGUUCAUACGCAAUUGCAUCCAAAAACACAUUCACCUUUAGCUGCAUGCCUUAACCUUGGAUUGACGACAAGGUUAUGACAGACUUUUGCCUCACUUUCAUGUUUUGGUCCAGCAGCAAGUUGUUUCUUAGAACCAUGGCUGACACAGUGCAUUGCCUCGCAGGGUUCUAGAACCAACUUGGAGUUCUAUCUGUUGCAUCUAUGUGUGGCAUCAAACUUGUGAUCUAAUAAAUUGGAUAUCAAAUGCGGCAUGACUGGCAUCUAAGUUAAGGGGGCAGGAAGUCAUUUUGAUGGCAAUCAUUAUAUUUUUACACAGCAUGUUCACACUUGUAGAUGCAACCGAUGGCUGAGGAAGACAUUUGAAUCGUGUUCUGCAGUAGUUUUUAAUUUCAUUACCAAAAACUAAAGACACCUAAUUUGUUUCACAAGAGCAAAAGCUGUGAUAACCUGUAUAAUGAACCAGGCCUGCGCUAAAGUGAAGUAGUUUGAGGAGCCUAAAAAAUAAUGUUAUUAACCUACCCUUUCACUUCUCUAGUAGCGAAAAAAAUUACCUAAACAAUAAAUUAUUUCUUUUUGUAAAAUCAUAAGGAAAAAAUAGACUAUGCAAAAGUUCUGUUUAAAAAGGUUUCAUUUCAAUGGUAAUACCAUUACCCUGUGAGCAGAGUGUGAGCGGUCGUACGAAAAGUAACCUCUACCGAUAACUGUCCAAAUCCGUCCAGAAAACUGGACCCAAAAAAUUUAAAAAAAGGUUCUUUUUCCUGUUCUUGACUGGUUUAGAGCAUUGCGUUCAUAACACGAGUCUUGCAUAUCAGAUCAGAGUUGUUGCAAUGUUUUAUUCCCGCGAAACUCACGCCAUUUGACAACAGACCUGACAAUUAAUUUUGCUUGCAAAUUGUGUGACAAAAAUUGAACGGUUGUCAGCAGAGACUACUUUUCGCACGCCAGCUCACACAGCUCGCAGGGUAUAACACCACAGGAUUACAUCCACAGAUUUUAAAGUUGAGAGUGACAAUGUCAUCAUACAUAAUGUGGUCUGAAUAGUAGUGAAAGGGUUACUUUUCUACCAUUAUAAAUUACAGUGUAAAUGUAAUUUGAAUACUUAAACUUCUGUUAAUUCAAUUAUUCAAUGUAAUCAUUUUUGAUCAUAAGAAUAAUUCUUAACUCACAAACACAAAGAAGGAGAAAUUAUCACAUCCAGAAUAAUUUGAUUAGAAUUAAUACCACUGUCAAAAUAGUUAUCUCACUUCUAUAAAUACUGCUGGAAAAAUUGAACUAUUGAAUGUUUUCUGUUCUCUGCAAAAUUUUAGUUUGGAAGGUGAGUUUUUAAAACAGCUAUAAAUUAACUCAUUUAACUCAAGGAAGAUAAGAAAGAAAGUUUUCUUUUCCCAAAGGACAUUAAACAUUUGAAAUACAUUUAUUAUCUUAUGAUACUGUUCUAGACAAUAUCUUUGGACUCUCCUAAAAUAGUCUUUUUGUUAAUUGAAUUUCCCACAUCAGGUGAAAAUAUAACAUUAACCAUUAAAAAUCCUCUUUGUCAUACUUGACAAACCCCACUUGAACUGACUUCCAACCGAAUUGUGGACGUUUGUUUCUUCUUUCUAGCAAUACAUGUAUUCCAGUUAGAGGAACUUGAAAUGUUCAGUUCCAAAUGCUAAUAAACCCUUGUAACCCUAAUAUCAAAAUUUAAAUUCUCAUUUGUUGCCCCUAUGUGUUUCUUUUAGAAGUAGUACAGAAAAGGUUUUAAAUAACAAUAUUAGAUCUAUUUUGUGUGAUCGUGUCCUUUAUUCUCGUCACCAAUCUGUUUUACAAAGCAGUGAUCUCACUUGAAGAAAUCUGAUGUGGAUCACCCUUAAAGGGCUUAAGGCUCAGAGUUGGACGCUUAGCAAUACCAUUAUUGCCAUAAUAUUGUUUUGUUUUUCAAACUUUUUGUUACAGUGGCAUGCUCUUGACCGGCAAGAACAAGCCAAGUAUUAUGAAAUGGCUCGAAAAGAAAGAGCACUUCAUAUGCAGCUGUACCCUGGAUGGAGUGCUAGAGACAAUUACGCACAACAAGGAAAAAAGAAGAAAAGAAAAAGAGAUAAGUCUCAAGGUAAAGAGAUAUGAUACGGUUAUCACCUAGAGAGAAGAGAAGUGAAGACAUAAAAAAAAGUUAUUGUAAAAAUAAUUGGUGAAAAUUGGUGUGGAGAAAUAGCACCGUUCUGCUCUGGUGACUCUGUAUAAAUCCUUCUAAAAUAGGCUUGGAUCGUGAACAUGACAAUCUAAGCCUAAUGUAAAAGGAUUUGUAUGAAUUCAUCAGAGCAUAGCAGUGCUUAUUUCUUCUCACUAAUUUACCCUAACAGGCUGAUUUUUGGCAAUAGGGUUUUUUCCUGUGACUAAUUUGCAAUUUUUCGUCUGCGUUUUGUCAUUUUUCUCAUUUUAAUGACAAAAGACAGACAAACUUUGCAUUUUAAUGACAAAAGUCAGACAAAAAUGAGGAAUUUGCUGAUGUUAAUUUCAGUUUGUCUGAAUUUCGGGUCUAUGAAUAGUAACUGUGCACAGCGCUAUUCCACAAUUUCACAAAUUUAGGUUUUUUGACAUCACAAUCUCCUCUCUAUUGACUCAUGGUUGCAAUUUAGUUAGCAAAACUAAUUUUGCAAUUGCCAUAUGUUUACAAUGAUUUCUAAAGGUAUCUAAGGUAUCUGAAGAACCUCAUAAUAAUUUUAGUAUAUGUCAACUGGUUGUUUUUCUGGUAAGUUUGAUAUUAAUACAUGCAAAUAUUGACUGUAAUAUUUGUAAUUAUAAUUUUUUUUUUAGCGGAAAUAACAAAUCCGAAAAAGUGUCGAGCAAGAUACGGUCUCGAUAGACAACACGAGUGGUGUAAACCUUGCAGGUAUUAUUCUAUGAUUUUACAGUGAAGUUUUUAAUGACUUGUUUAUGAAUGUUUUUCCAAACCCCUGCAUGCCCUUUAAGCCCUAUUAACAUGAGCAAUUUUUCCUGCAUGUAGAUCUAAAGGGCUUACGGGAUCUAUUGGGAAUGGCCUGCAGUUCUGUUUGUAUUUUGAUUGGUGUGGGUCAAUAAUGGCGACAAAGUAAGGAGGGGACUGCAAAGGAGAGUUUUGCAGAUUUUAGAUGUCUAUAGGGGCUGGUUCCUGACAGGCUGAUUAGCGCUAAUCCAGUAUUAAAAUUGCUCCAUUUUUGUAUUUUGCCUUCCUGUGUAAUGCUUAGAGUAACAUUUGUGUUAAUCAUUUUUUACUGUAUCUUGAAGUAAAGGCCCAACCAUAUUUUGUAAGCUCAAGUUGCACGUUCUCAGACAAGAAAACAUUGGCUUAAUACUGCAGUUAAACCCCCUUUACCAUCUUACGAGGAACUGGGCCCAGAGGUUUAUAGCAGCUCUGCUGAUUGAGUUUCCUAGGGUGAUAGAAAUUUCAGGGUGUAUCUCACUGCUUACACUUUUUUUCCAGGCGGAAAAAGAAGUGCGUCCGAUUCUUGGCUGGAGGAGCAGGCCAGGACAUGUCUCCUUCAAGCAACGCGGGGAAUGUAGAAAGUGAAAAUAUUGAUGCUAAUAUUGAUAGUAAUACAGCAAUGAUUUCUUCAACGAACUCAUCUGUAUCCACUACAUAG